ACGAGGCUGAAGAUGUACACGAACUAUGAAAACGUAUCAAGACCACGUGAUGGUUUAGAAAAGGAAUGCAAGAACGUGGAUCACGAAAACACUUUCUAUGAUUUUCACUAUAAUACAAGGCUUGUCAAGUCCACAAUUGUGCAUUUUCAGGUAUUUUUUUUGAGGAUUUUGUUAUGUUUCUGUUUAUUUGUUUGUAAAGUAACACAUAUUGCAAGCUUAAAGAUUAAGAAGCAUUGACAAUUCACUUAUCAUCUCACUGAAAUAACUGCAACACAAAGUUUCGCAAGUGUCCCGUUUUCUUCAUUGCCCCAUCAUCCAUUAGAAGCACAAUUGAAGUGAUUUAUUUUGCUGAUUAUUUAGAAUUAAUUUUAUGAAACUAACAUUAUAAAUUACUGAAGAAUUGAUGAUGUUCAGUCACAAGUAUUCAUGUCGAUUGGUUUUAAUGGUAGGCCAAUGGAGGUAUCAUUAUGACUUGAUCAUCAUGAGGAUGAUGACUUCAUUACGAUUAGGAUUUAUGUUUAUUAAGAUUGGUACUUCUGGAUCUGCAAAGUAUUUUUUUUGCCAACCUUGCUUGGGGUGUUUAUAUAUUAUUGUUGAGCCUUAUAGUUUUGCAGGUUUUCACUGCAUAAUUAUUAAUAGGUAUAUGGAAAUUAGUUCGUCUAAAUAGCUCUUUGACCUUAAUGAAGCACCUCCAUUGGAGCAGGCAUCUUUAUAUAUGUAGGAAAGGUAAGAUAUCUUUUUAUUCUUCUGUUUGUCCAGGGACUUCUAUAUAUGUUAGCUUUGUGAACCGUGAAUUUCAUAAGGCCUUUUUAACUUUUUGUAUUUCUUGCUGUGCAAAUACUAAUCCUGGUUCACGUUCUUUUAAGCUUAUAAUCUUGUGUAUGAAUGAUGAAUAACAAAAAUCUUCCUAGCACUAUUCAUAGAUUAUGUUUCUUAUCCAUUACAGAGUCUGUUGGUAUAUUGUCAAGUGUCUAAUUGUUUCGGACAUAUAUUAUGCUCUUUAGCAACUGUGAGAAUCUGAAAAUAGGAUGCUAUGAUUUUGAUGUCACUGCUUAUAGAAAUCUUUUGCAACCACUAGCUCUUUUACAUUGCACUUUUUAAGUCAACCUUUCAGUUCGUUGAUUCUUUUGUAUUGAUAAGUGUCAAUACAACCUGGCUGGUUGCUUGCCCGUCAGACCCAUCUCUACCGUUCCACUAGAAUCCUUUGUUCUGCAUAAGAAAUCUUUUCAGCUUAAUGUUAUUAUUUAAGUUUACUUCUCUUAAAAAAAAAUUUCUUGACAUAUUUACUAGAGUGCCAAAGCUUAUGGUGGAUUAUGUUCUUAGCUUAGGUGCUUAUAUACAUGCAAAAAAAAGUGCUGGUCACUAGGUUUUCACAUGGCAACUUUAGCUUUUAUGUAUUGCACUAUUUGGAAUGUUGGUAGUGUUAUCAUCUUAAUGUUGGUUAUAUGUUGCAAUUAACACUCUGUUACUUAGGACUGGGCUGCCAUAUCACAUGUUUUGUCAGGCUAUAAAAAAGCAGGAUGGAUGUGAUUUCUGAGCAGCUGUCGCUAUAGGGGGGCAUUUUUUCAUAUGGUAUGAUGGGACGUUCCGUGUUUGACAAAUCAUGCGCCCAGUGUUUGUUGCUGAGGAAUUUAAUAUGGGCAACAUCAAAGCACGAUGUCUACAUGGUGCAGAACUAUUCUGUUAUGCAUUGGUCAUCACUGCUAAGAAGAGGCAAAGAGGUGCUCAAUGUUGCAGGGAAAGUUGUACCUACCCAGAAGCACUGUGGAUCUUCUCCUCAGCAGCUAUCGAGAGUACACAUUAGUACAAUGUCUGUAAAAGGCAAUCUAUUGGUUGCUGGUGGAUUUCAAGGCGAGCUUAUAUGCAAGUCCUUGGAUCAACCUGGAGUGACUUUCUCUACUAAAUUAAACGAUGAUGGUGACAUCACCAAUGCGGUUGGCAUCUAUCGGUCUUCAAGUGGGUCUAUUCAAGUGGUGACUUGUGGCAAUGAUUGCUUUGUGAGGAUGUUUGAUGUCGAGACAUUUGUCCAACUAAGUCGCCUAUCUUUCUCCUGGUCCGUUAAUAACACGGGUAUUAGUCCAGAUGGAAAGCUUCUUGCUGUCCUCGGAGAUGACAUAGACUGUCUGAUGGUCGAUACUCAGUCUGGGAAAGUGAUAGAAAACCUCAAGGGACAUCUCGACUAUUCCUUUGCAUCUGCUUGGCACCCAGACGGUCACAUCCUGGCCACGGGGAGCCAAGACAAGACGUGUCGGCUGUGGGAUGUGAGGAACACUUCAGAAUCCCUGGCAGUGCUCAAAGGAAAAAUAGGGGCGAUACGGAGCAUAACUUUCUCAACAGAUGGAAGGUUCAUGGCAAUGGCUGAGCCAGCAGACUUCGUUCAUGUGUAUGAUGCAAAGGCAGAUUAUUGGAGGGCCCAGGAGAUCGAUCUGUUUGGAGAGAUUGCUGGGUUGUCGUUCAGCCCUGAUGCUGAUGCGCUCUUUGUUGGCGUAGCAGAUCACACCUAUGGGAGUCUGUUAGAGUUCAGCAGAAGGAAGCAUGACCAUUACCUCAAUGCGUUUCUAUGAUCCGAGGGAACGGCUGGAAGUAACUUGUGCAUUGUAUAUAGAUAGGGAGCAGAUCAGAUUUGUAAAGUUUUUCAUGCAACACAUAUACUUCUCUGUACAUACGUCGUUUCUGUUCAUCUCUUAGUUUGUAGAUUAGAAUUUAUGAUGUUCGGUAUUGGUAAAUAUUUUUUAAAAUUUUAAUUUAAUUCAAAUUAGUCGAUAGAGUUUUAAUUAAA